AUGGUUGAUGCAAUUAAAGAAUCAACAGUUGUUCAAGCAUUAAAUAGUUCAUUAAGAUUGGAGAUGGAUACAAUUAAAGAUAUUGAAGUACCAGCAUCAGUAUUAUCUACAGUUUCCUCAUUAACAUCAUCUGUUACCAACCCUCUCUAUAUGAAUCCACAAUCAAUACCAAAUGUUUCACAACAAAAAGAUAGUUUAAAAGAGGUAGAUUUAUAUAAUGGUACUUUAUUAUUAAGAAACUUUGAAGUAAAAUUAAAACAAAUUAGAAUCAAUGGUCAAAUACUUGCAGAACAUGCUGAAGAGGUUGAUAAAAAGUUUCCAGAAUUAAUUAAAGUUUGUGCCUAUCAACAUGAUGUUUGGAAGAAAGCUGAUGCUGAAUUUUCAAAAUUAGGUGAACUCAACACUUUGGUUGAAACCAUUCAAUUAAAUUUAGAUUCAAUCAUUUCAAAAAUUGAAUCUUUAGAAAUUAAUUUAUCUUUAGAUAUUGAUAAUUAUUUAGAUAGUGAAUUAUCAAAAUGGAAAGAUAAAAAAGAAUCUGAAAUUAUUAAAUUUGAUUCUUUAAAAAAACUUGAACUUAAUAAACUUCAAGAAGAUUUAUCAUUACAAUAUCAAAAGUUUGAAAGAGAAAAAAUAUUAAAAGAAAGAAAAGAUCUUGAAAAUUUAUUAUCUGAAAAAGAAAGAAAAUUUUCAAAUCCACCAAAAAAUUUAAAUAAUAGUAAUAAUAAUAUAAAUAAUAAUAUAAAUAAUCAAAAUAAUAAUAAUAAUAAUAAUAAUAAUAAUAAUUAUAAUAGUAAUAAUAAUAAUAAUAAUAAAAAUAAUAAUAUAAAUAAUAAUAUACAAAAUAAUUCAAUAUCAGAAUCAAAUACUGGUUCAGAAGUAACAAUAGAGAAUAUAGUUAUUGAAAAUCCAAACAAAGAAGAACUUGAAUCAUUUUUAGAUUCUGACGACCAAUCAGAUAAAAUAUAA